AUGCCUCUCCAGAUCUGGUCGUUAUCACAUUCCAGCAAAAUGAAGAAGUUAAACCCAUUGGUGGUUGGAUGGGGUCGCUACUUCCAGGGUGCCGUCCUUACAAAAGCUGCUGUGAACAGGGCCUAUAUCAGCCCCAAUGCGGCUGAAAUUCAGUCCCAACUGCUACUUCGGAAAAAAACUAAGGAGCUCUACAAGCGGUGGAAGAUACGACCGUGGACUCGAUUUGCCCCUUUAUUUCAGCUCCCGGUGUGGUUAACAAUGAUGGAGAGUAUGCGUAGAAUGGUUGGAAUGACCGGUGGCCUACUGAGCAUCGUUCAGGGAUGGUUAGAGAAACAUCCGGAGGCGCCCAAUGUUCCCAUGGUUCCAUCUCUAUCUACUGAAGGCGCAUUGUGGUUCCCUGAUCUUCUUGCCGCUGAUCCUUAUUGUGCGCUUCCGGUAAUUCUAUCUGCGGCGGUGUUUACCAACGUGACAUGGGGAUGGAAGAUAAAAAAGCGUGAAGACAUUCCUAAGUUGCCCACUCGGAAAGAGAGAAUAGCAGCUCAUACAAUGAGAGUUUUGAAGCGAACUUUCCAAGCUUCAGCUUUGUUCCUAUGUCCGGUUAUGAUCGCGUCAGAAGUCCCUGCCGGAAUGUUGAUAUACUGGAUCUCUAGUACCCUCUUUGCGACGGCACAGACGAAAGCUCUACCGAAAAUAAUCAGUACAAAGUCAAUACCGGCUCCAUGCAAGGAGAAAGCCGUUGCAGUCGUAAUCGGAGGGGAAGCAAAAACUCAACUUUCCGGAUUUGAAAACCUGGGUGAAAAACCGACGAAAAUCAAGACUUUUACAGGCCGCUGA